AUGUGGUGUGAUAACUGUCUGCUGCUUUUGCCGUUGCGUGGUGGUGCCAUUGCGUGGGCUGUUGUUUUAGCUCUGUACAGCAUAGCCGGGGGAGUAUUCUUGCUUGUCCUGGGUCAAUAUCUUUUUUUCACGUUCCCGGAAUGGCAAAUAUAUGGGGGCAUCGGUGUUGGUAUUGGUGUCCUUGCCGUGAUCAACCUCUUUGCUUUAUCGAAUAGAUCAUACAUCUGGAUCCGAGUGUGCAAGUUCCUCUGGCCUUUUGUGAUUGUCAUAUCCGCUGUUCGGGCCAUCCUGAUGAUCGUGCAGCUCCAAAGAGGAAAGGACAAGAUCGCUUGGGAGUGUAGCCACGGAGGACAAAUGUGGACCGACACAGUCGAGACUGGCACUGAGACUCCGGCGCAAAUGCCCGGCGGGUUUUGCGCAGCCGGCUUUUCUAAUUUGAAUGCCGCAUUCAUAGUCUGCCUUCUGGUCGACCUAGUCUUCCAGUUGUACAUGUACUUCCUUACAUGGCGUUUCUCCAAGCGACUGGAGCACUAUUCAACAAUGAAGGGACCAUUUCACGGUGGGUAUUACAAUGCCUAG